AUGUUUCGGCCUCAGCUUGACCCGGCCAUGCCUAGUAACCCUCAGCCAAACCCAGGCUCCAGUACGGUGCCGAGCCUUGACAAGGGCAAGGGGCCCGAACGCGACUUUCCACCUCGCAAUCACAUCCUUAAUCUCACGAAUUACUGGUGGGGAGACCAUGCAUGGCAGAGAAGUACAUUCGGGGCUCCAGUGAACUAUCGGAUCAGGACGCCUGGUGACACAUACCUGCUUCCAUGUCCAGAAUUUGGUAUCUGUAUCGAAGAUUAUAAGAACAUCUUGCUAAAGUACGCGGAGAUCUUCACGAACAACGAGAGCUUGGCGGCUCACCUGGGGGUCAAUAUGUCGGAACCUGUCCUUUCACGCAACAUAGAUCAGUUCUUCCAUGGUCCGAUCAUAACUGGCGAGAGUUAUACCUUCGUGGGCUACCCCAAGCCCCCGGUGACCUGGCUGGACAUCGUCCAGUAUUUCAGGUGCAACCCUGACGGUUACAGGCUCGUGUCCGACUUGGACGGCCAAAGGGUCUGCAAGUUUAUGCUCAAGAAUAUGGAAGUGACCAUCACCGAGGAGGAUUGCCGCACCGCCAACUCCGGCAUCCUCGAGCAAAACGGUCUGUCUCCGGUUCUCCCACUCGACGAUGAUGAGGCCAAGGAGAUCUACAUCAUUGGCUUCGUGAGGCAGCUGUGCAAGCUGGUGAAAGACCCAAAAGGGGAGGUCGAUGACUUCGCGUUCUUGAUCAGUAUACACUACUCGCUCCGGCAGCAGGGGUUGAUCCGCAGGCGCGCCCUUCUGCGCUGCCCGCGGCCUGGCACCGUCGACAUGGCAUUGGCGGAGAAGCUCGAGAAGGAGCAGAAGAAGCUGGUCCGAGAUGAGCUCAACAAGGCCUAUGACCUCAAUGUCCAAGUCUGCAAGCAGGCGAUAGCGAACACGAUGUCAAAGCCUCGACUCCGCCCGGCGGGCCCCGAGUCCCGGCUCAUGGGGCCGCCCCCUAGGCCCGAGGUUCGGCCCGAGGUUCCACCGGCCCUUCCGAGGCCUCAGCGCCCACUCCCUGGAACACUGCCCAUCAGCUUCCUGGUGGAUGGCGGAAAAGACAUCUGGGAGGGGGACGAGGAGAAACAGGGCCGAAGUCAGGACCACCCGGCUCAGGAGCAGGAGCUUGACCUCGCAGAACUGGAGCAACGGAUCAGUGAGUAUAUUGUCCAGAUGCCGCCCCUCUUGAACACAGCCAGCGAGCAAGAGGAACUCUUCCAGCCGCAGGCGGUGCCGGCGCAAUUCUGGAGGCGAAAUGGGCCCCCCUUCUCUUCAGUUCCUCAACAGCAAUACUGGACGAACUCUCCGCAACAGCAGCAGCUCUUCCAGCCAACCCACCAUCAGGGAGUCUUACCGACUCUUGAACAGCAGAAUUUCUCGCCAGACUUUCCACCACAAUUUCCACAACAUGCUUUCCGGCCGCCUCCUCAACAGCCGUUCCUGCCAAGGGUCGAGGGUCCGAUGAUCUUGCCGGCCCCUCUGCUACAGCAGCCUAUCCACCCAGCUACUUGCUACGCGCCACGGGCCUCGACUCCUCUCCAACAGGAAGACUUGCCGGUCUUACCAGCCCUUCAGCUACAGAAUGCACUCCCACCGAGCCCCCAGCAGCAUCAGGUUUUGCCAAGUCUCCAGGAGCAGGAACUCUUGCGGGCCCAUCUGGGGCGAGAAGAUACAGCCCGUCAACAACGACACACCAUCCAGCUGGUUGGCCAGCAGCAGCAGCAGCAACAACAGCAAAUCUCUCCAGUUUCUCAACGGCAAGGGAAGAAGAAGACGACGAAGAACAAGAAGAAAGUGCGGAUCGUAGCUCCAACUGACCAGCCGCAGCAGCUGGAGCAGCAGCAGCAGCAGCAGCAGAAACAUGCCACCCAGCCCUUGGACCGGCGGAACGAUACCUUCCAGCCAGCUGAGCAGCAACAGCAACUCCCUCUGCAUUCUUGGCAACAAGAACAAAAGAAGGCAAAGAGGAGGAAUGUACGGGUCGUGGCUCCAACCGACCAGCCGGAGAAGUCGGAGCAACAGCAGCUCGUGCCAACCCCUCAGCAGCAACAUGCCAUCCAGCCGUUUGACCAGCAGCAGAAUGCUUAUGGGCAGGCUCAGCAGCAGCAACAGUUUCUUCCAUUUUCUCAGCAAGAGCAGCAGCAGCAGCAGCAGCAGCAGCCGCCCCCGUCAUGGCCGCCACAGAGGGCGCAAGACCUGCCCAGCACGGCCAGAAGGAGGCUGGCUACCCCCACUCGAACGUCCCGGGCGCUGGGGAUACUAUCCUCUCUCACAACACUCUCGGCAGGGCGGAACAGGAAACGAAGUAUGAGGCAGGAGGCGUUGCCUUCCUGUGAAGUGCGGCACCGGGCGGGCUCCGAGGGGGAGGGGAGUGGUCCGCAGCCCGCGGAGUCGAGCACAGCUGCUCACGCGAUGGAGGAGACUCAUGGCCAUGACAGCAGCAGCAGCAGCAGCAGCAGCAGCAACAACAACAACAACAAUAACCGUGGUGUUGGCCAAUAUGGCCAUGACGAGCACAUGUUGACGCGGCCUUCUGUCCAGGCCCUGGACUCCUCCUUCAUCCCUCACAUAAGUUCCCAAUCUGGGGCUUAUGAUCCGCGCACUCCCUCGCCUGAGACUGCUGCAAACCUAAGCCGAAUGGCGUUCGCCGGGUUGAGCCAGAGCAUGACCUCGCUGAACAUGUCCCCUCCUUCCCAUCAAUAG